UUUUUAUCAUCUAAUGCUAAAGACAUUGGUACUUUAUAUUUAAUGUUUGCAUUAUUUUCAGGUUUAUUAGGUACAGCAUUUUCUGUACUUAUUAGAUUAGAAUUAUCUGGACCGGGUGUUCAAUAUAUAGCGGAUAAUCAAUUAUACAAUAGUAUAAUUACAGCUCACGCUAUUUUGAUGAUUUUCUUUAUGGUUAUGCCUGCUUUAAUAGGAGGUUUUGGUAAUUUCUUAUUACCAUUAUUAGUAGGAGGUCCUGAUAUGGCAAACAAAACAAAAGGAUAUCCUAGGGAUUAUAUUAUAAAUAAUAAAUAUUAUAGUGUUAAAUUUAAUAAUAAAUUUAAAACAUAUUUAGCUGGUUUAUUCGAAGGAAAUGGUAAUAUUUGA